UUUUGACAUUUGAUUUGCAUGUUUACAAUUUGAGGUUAAGUGGAUGAAAAUAAAACAAUAAUAGUUUUUAAAAUGGGGGUAAGGGGUUUAACCACCUAUAUUAACUACAAUUCAAAUAGUUUUUUGCAUGACCAUAACCUGUACGAUACCAAUUUAGUCAUUGAUGGUCAUAGUCUAUGUGCCCAGAUUUACAGAUCGACCAAUUCUUUUUCGGCUUUCGGUGGAGAUUAUGAUCGAAUAGCUUCAUAUGUAAAAGCCUUCUUCAAAAGUUUGAAAAAGUGCAACGUGACUCCAUACGUUAUUUUUGAUGGCAGUUACGAAACAAGAAAAUUAAGGACUGCGUAUAGCAGACUUAGAUCAAAACUAAAGGGAGCAUCCCGUUUGGAUCCAGUUACGCAAGGAAGUAUUCAGAUAUUCCCACUCCUACUGAGAGAUGUUUUCAAAGAAGUUUUAGAUGAAAUGAAUGUUUUGUACACAGUAUGUGAAUUUGAGGCAGAUGGUGAAAUUUCAGCAUUAGCGAGAUGCCUUGAUUGCCCUGUGCUCAGUUAUGACUCAGAUUUCUUUAUUUACAAUGUUCAAUAUAUUCCAUUUAAUACAAUAGAUAUCAAACCAAUACAAAUAGAAGAAGGUGAUAAAAAAAUUUAUGCUCUUGAAUGCAAAAUUUACAAAGUUGAGUUUUUAACAAAGCAUUUUGGUGGCCUGGAUAAAGAAUUACUACCUUUACUAGCAACAUUAUUAGGAAAUGACUAUGUUGAAAAGAAAGUGUUUCGUAAAUUCUUUUCCCAGAUGAAAAUGCCAAAAGGCAAAAAGAGACACAAUGAUCAACAGAGAUGUAUACAUGGCCUUUUCUUGUGGCUCCAGAGUGAAACCUUAGACUCGGCUAUAGCUAAAAUCAUAGGCAGACUGAAGAAAUAUGAAAAAAAUAAAGUACUAAAUUUAAUAAAUGAAAGCAUAAAUGGUUAUUAUAGAAAAGAAUGCAGAUCACUUAAGUUUUUUAAUUUAUCAUAUGAUAACCAAGCAGAAAAUGAAAAUGUACAAGUAAAAGAAAUUGAAGAUUUGGAAGAUUUUUCAACAGAAAAUGAAACAAAUAGCACAACUGAUUCUUCAGAUAGUGAAGAUGAUUCAAAUGAUGAUGACGAUGAUGAUGACGAUGAUGAUGAUGGAGUAGUAGAAGAAAAUGAUCACCAGAUGCCCAUGUGGUUUGCAGAUAUUAUACGGUUAAAACGCGUACCCCACUGCUUUAUAAACCUCUACACUCAUCACUUACAUUUUUGCUCCCCACAAGCAGAAAAUUACACAGAAGAUGACGCUCAUCUUUGUAUUUUACCUAUACUUAGAUAUGCUUUUGAUAUUUUAACAGACUUUGCAUUCGAAAACUUUAUGUAUGUUAGCAGAGACAGGGAUUGUAACUAUAAGAGAAUGGUUAUCGGUAAUGAAAUGUCUAUAACAAGACCUUUGGAGAUACCCCUAUCUGAACUAACUAAGGAACAAUUACAUGAAUACUUUUAUAAGUUUUUCAAUGAGAAACUCCCGAAUUUAGAUUUUGAUAUCAUUCAAUUGUUGCCGUCUAAUUUUCAACUUUUUGCAUUAUCAAUUAUUUGGUGGAUUUCUAACUGUGAAGUGCAUAUAGGCCAGGUUCACAGUUUGAUUUUAUGUUACACUUAUCUAGAAGCUAUUGACGAGAAAUUGGGAAAUGCUAGAGGACAUUUCCAUUUUAAUAAUAAGUUUUCAAAAAAGUUGCUAGAAAUAAAAAAGAAAACUAUUAUAAAUAUAGAAGACGUAGAAAUGUUGAAUAAGAAUAAAGUUCAGUAUGACGAUUGCAUACUUGCAGCCAGUGUCCUUUUAAAAUAUUUUGAUUUGGAUGACAGUAUACGGAAAAAACCCAAGAGCUACGAUUCCAGCAGAAUACACGCGUUUGCGCAGUUUCAGUGUUGCCUGCAGAAAAUAAAUUCUUUAAAUAUUCUUUGCGGUUGCCCUUUCGAGAGUACUGUGUAUUCAAAAUGCUAUAAUGGGAUAUUUAUUUAUAAUGCCUCGAUGAGACUUGAGAAUGAAACAGACCCCAAUUCAUUUAUUCACAUUCAUUUAAAUGGUGCUGUAAGUGUAGUUAGUUUUUAUAAAAGUUUAUUUUCAAUUUUAAACAGAUUAUUUACAAGUAUGGAUUUAACUUUUAAACAGUUUAUUCAAGGUACUAAAAAAAGACGCAGGAGAAAAAAGAAUGCUGUGGAUGAAGAAAUAGCAUUUUUAAUUAAAGGUUUUGAAUCAGAGGUGAUAAUAUAAUUUUUGAAUAAAAUAUUUUUAUAUUUGAA